AUGAAUGUACUUUCAGUGGCCAGUGAAGGUACGGGUACUAACGGCCCUGCUAAUGGAGGUAAGCGCAUUCUGGUGGUUGGUGAUCUCAGGUGGCAGCUGAUGGAGGAGCCAAUAAGUCUGGAGAAUUUCAACUCCAUGCCUCGCCUCCAGCCGGAGUUCUUCUCGUGUGGACUUUCUCUGUGUAAACCGACUCACAGUCCCGUGGUCUUCAACAACCAGACAGAGGUCACUCUCUACUCUACCAUACGCGUCAGAUAUAGGUUCAAAUUCUUCAUGGCCAAAGAGACUGAGGAGUCAUGCAUGAACCAGUGGGUCUUCUGUACCAUGAAGGACAAUCGUAACAUUGGUUCCUUCUCCGUGGUACCUCCUACCAAUGCAGACUUCAUCCUUAAGGUGUAUGCAGGAGUGGAGGAUAUACUUGACGAUGAUGGAGCAACUCUCAACCACGUCGCUUCCUUCUUUCUUAUAUGUGAGAAGGCUCGACGUAACCCUGUACCCUGGCCACUAAACAACAUGGCUUGGGGACCCACACCAUUCUUCUACGAGUGUGGGCUGGAACCCAUGAACCAGACCGGCCCAGUCAUCGUCACCUGGGGAGGCAGGAAGAUCAUCUACUUUGAGAAAAUCUUUGACAUCAUGAUCGUGUUGCAGGUCUUUGAUGCUGAGGGUAAUAUUCUUGAUCUCAAGGGAAUACAGGGAUCAGCAACUAUGCUGACAUCAUCUGAAGCAUCAUGA